AUGUCUAGAUCAGAACUGUUAUCUCCAGAAGGAAUGAGAGUCGAUGGCCGUCGUUAUAACGAACUGAGGGCUUUUGAAUGUAAAAUCAACACCCACCAGCACUCUGCCGAUGGUUCGGCAUACAUCUCCCAGGGCAAUACAAAAGUCUUGUGUCUUGUUCGUGGACCAUCCGAUACCCUAGUCCCCUCAUCUUCAAAUUCUGUAACUCCAAAUAAUCCGACAGAACCAACAAUCUCUGUCUCCAUAAUACAGCCGCCGUACGCCAAAAUGGAGAGAAAAUCAACUUCUAAGAACGACCGCCGCCUGACCGAAUUGGCCAUUUUCAUCAAGAGGGCAUUGCAGCAAACCAUUGUCAAGAAAAAUUAUUCCAGAACCCUUAUUGACGUCUCAAUCACAGUUUUACAGCUAGAUGGUGGUCUACUAGCGGCAUGCAUGAAUGCGGCAACUUUGGCCUUCAUUGAUGCUGGAAUCGCAAUGUACGAUUAUAUCUCUGCUUGUUCUGUCGCUUUAUACGAUAACUGUCCGCUAUUAGACUCAAACUCCUUGGAGGAAACCGACUUGAGCAACCUCACCAUAGGCGUGGUUGGUAACAGUGAGAAGAUUAACCUGCUAUUGAUGGAAGACAAAAUCCCACUCGAUAAACUACAAAUAUUGAUAAAUUUAGGAAUAAACGGUUGCCACACUAUACGACAAUUGAUGGAUUCCACCGUUAGAGAAAUCGGCCUUGACAUACUAUCAAAGAAAGAAUAG